CUCCAAAACUUCCCCUAUAUAAACUCAACUCCUCCACCCUUGAUUCCACAUCAGUCUCACUAUUCUCACCAAAUCAAAUCCAAUACUCAAAACCGAAUUAAUCAACCAGUCCAAAAAAUGUAUAUUACAUCAUCUUCCAAAUAUUCUAUAAUCUCAAUAUUAUCCAUAUUCAGCGUAUUAUUCUCCCUCCAAGGAACUAAUGGGGACGACGGAGGUUGGCAAGGUGGUCACGCCACGUUCUACGGUGGCGGCGACGCGUCCGGCACCAUGGGCGGGGCUUGUGGCUAUGGGAAUCUGUACAGCCAAGGUUACGGGACGAACACGGCGGCUUUAAGUACGGCACUGUUCAACAACGGACUUACGUGUGGCGCGUGCUACGAGAUGAAGUGCAACGAUGACCCGAGAUGGUGUCUUGGCUCUACUAUCACCGUCACGGCUACAAACUUUUGUCCACCGAACUUUGGCCUCUCAAACGAUAAUGGAGGAUGGUGCAAUCCUCCUCUUCAACAUUUCGACCUCGCCGAGCCAGCUUUUCUCCAAAUCGCUCAGUACCGUGCCGGCAUUGUUCCCGUCUCUUUCCGAAGAGUACCGUGUAUGAAGAAAGGAGGAGUAAGGUUUACGAUCAACGGGCACUCUUACUUCAACCUUGUCUUGAUCUCGAACGUAGGAGGAGCAGGAGACGUCCACGCCGUUUCGAUAAGAGGCUCAAAAACAGGGUCGUGGCAAGCAAUGUCUAGGAACUGGGGACAAAACUGGCAGAGCAAUUCUUACCUCAACGACCAGAGCCUCUCGUUCCAGGUCACCACCAGUGAUGGUCGCACCGUCGUUAGCAAUGACAUUGCUCCUUCUAAUUGGCAGUUCGGACAAACAUUCCAAGGCGGUCAGUUCUGACUUUUGAGUCAAACAGUCAUCCUAUAUCUCUCUCUCUCUGUUAUGUGGUGCUGGUGUGGCUGCGUAUUGCUGAGGUGGCUCAUAAGCACCCGCUUAGCUUUCAAUGGUUGUAUUUAGCGUGCCUACGAAGAGCAAGUUUUUAUUUUAUUUUACAUGUUUAUUGAACUUAGCCCGUUGGCAUACUCAAAACAUCUUAUAUAUAAAUAACUCAAUAAAUUGAAUUUCUAUCA